UUUGAUAAUUUAUGACAAAAAGAGUGAUGACAGUCGAAACGCAGUCACAAGCAGCAACCACUGAUCAAAAAGAGGUACAAUUGCAACAUGAUCUCGAAGAAGAAGAACCAGUUCCAUACGUUGUUCUAGUUCAAGGACCUCCCAAGGUUGGGAAAUCCAUGCUGAUUAAAUCUCUAGUGAAGUUUUUCACUAUGCACCAUCUAGAUAACGUUCGAGGCCCUAUUACUGUGGUAUCAGGUAAGCAUAGGCGGCUGCAGUUUGUGGAGUGCCCAAAUGAUGUUAAUGGCAUGAUAGAUGCUGCAAAAUACGCUGAUUUGGUGUUAUUUUGUAUUGAUGCAAGUUAUGGGUUUGAAAUGGAAACAUUUGAGUUCUUUAACCUUCUACAAGUUCACGGCUUUCCAAAUGUUAUUGGUGUCCUCUCACAUCUUGAUAAGAUCAAAUGUGAUGGACAACUAAAGGUAACCAAGCAGCGCCUCAGUCGUCAGUUCCGGAACGAAAUAUACGGCGGAGCAGAACUAUUCUACUUAUCACGUCUUGACAAUGGAAUGUACAUGGACGAUGAAAUUCACAAUCUAGCAAUGUUCAUAUCAGUUAUGAAAUUCAAUCCUUUGUCCUGGCAAACUGCACAUCCUUAUGUGCUAGUCGAUCAUUUUGAAGAUGUUACUUCUCCGGAAAGAGUGCAGAUUGACAAUAAAUGUGAUAGAAACAUAGUUAUGUACGGUUAUCUCCGAGGCAGUAAUUUUAAGAGAGGAACUAAGGUGCAUAUUGCUGGUGCUGGUGAUUUUCCUGUAUAUGGUAUUACAAGCUUAGCUGAUCCCUGCUCUUUACCAAUUGCUGCCAAAAUGAAGGGAGUGAAUGACAAGGAAAGACUCUUUUAUGCACCAAUGUCUGGUCUUUGGGGUCUUCUCUAUGACAAGGAUGCAGAAUAUGUAGAUGAACGCAACGAUAAUGAUGAGGUAACCCGAUCGGAGAUUGAGGGUUUCAGAGCAGGAACUUAUUUAAAGUUGGAGGUUCAUGAUGUCCCUUUUGAGAUGACUAAAAAUAUUGAUCCCAAUUGCCCUAUUCUCGUCGGAGGUAUCAGUCUCGAAGAUGAGAAUGUUGGAUAUAUGCAGGCGAGGCUUAAGCGACAUAGCUGGCAUAGGAAAUUAUUGAAGACAAGAGACCCAAUCAUUGUUUCAGCUGGUUGGAGACGUUACCAGACCAGACCCAUUUAUGCCCAGGAAGACGGUGGCAAUCGUUUGCAUCGAAUAGAUUCCACUCCCGAGCACACAGAUUGUCUUGCAAUGUUUUGGGGUCCUCUUGCACCUCUAGAUACUGGUUUUGUUGCUGUACACAAUCUGGCAGGCAAUAAGGCUGCAUUUCGGAUUUCAGCAAUGGGUGUCAUACUUGACUUUACCCAGGCUGCAGAGAUAGUUGCAAAGAUUUUGAAGAAGUGCAAUCAAGUUGGGACUCCUCUCCAGACCUUCAAGAAAACUGCUCCCAUCAAAGACAUGUUUACGUCAGAUCUUGAAAUUGAUUGGUUUAAAGAUGCAGCAAUUCAGACUGCAAGAGUUCGGGGGAACGUUGAAAAGGUAUUGUUGCCUUGUGCCAAAACUAAUUUCGGCGGGCUGUGUUUGCUCUUUCGUAUUUUUAUUUAUGUGCUUUAUCGGGUGUCUGGACUCUGGAUUCUACAACAACAGCUUGUGAUCCAUUUGCUUUUGUGAUGCUGUAGUGUAUGG